GUUCCAUGAUGUAUUUACUGAAGUGUAAGUUGCCUUACACAAAGUAUAAGAUAGUCAAGUAUCUGUUUAAUUUCGCGGGCUUUUAUGUGUUGCUUAGUAACAACGAGUGCAAACAGCGUGACUUGGAAACCCACAGCAGGCUAACGGUGUUGAACAGUUGAUAAACGUCAACGAAAAUUCACUUUUCCUUUUUUAUUCAUCGGUAAAUAUGUUCAAAAAUACUUUCCAAUCCGGAUUUCUAUCCAUUCUCUACAGUAUCGGGAGUAAACCACUUCAAAUAUGGGAGAAAAAGGUUCGAAACGGUCACAUAAAAAGAAUUACUGAUAACGAUAUACAGUCUUUAGUUUUAGAAAUAGUAGGUACAAACGUAAGCACAACAUUUAUAACAUGCCCAGCAGAAGCCAACAAGACUCUUGCCAUAAAAUUACCUUUUCUUGUUAUGAUCAUAAAAAAUCUCAAGAAAUAUUUUACCUUUGAAGUACAGGUCCUUGAUGAUAAAAAUGUACGUCGACGAUUUAGAGCCUCAAAUUACCAGUCGACAACUCGAGUUAAACCUUUUAUUUGUACAAUGCCCAUGAGAUUGGAUGAUGGUUGGAACCAGAUACAAUUUAAUCUGUCAGAUUUUACAAGGAGGGCAUAUGGUACCAACUAUAUUGAAACACUAAGAGUUCAGAUCCAUGCCAAUUGUCGUAUUCGCCGAGUAUAUUUCUCCGACAGAUUAUACUCUGAAGAUGAAUUACCUGCUGAGUUUAAACUGUAUCUUCCUGUUCAACAGAAUAAAGCUAAGGCUUAAAAUUUAAAAUGAAGAAAACUACCAAUGACAAAAAUUGAUUUAUUUUAAAAUUGUAUUGUGUAUAUAAAAUACAUAUUUUAUAUUCUUAUCGUACUACAUGACUUUAAAAUGGGAAGUUUUUGGCUCGAAAACUUCAACCUUGAUCAGUUUUUUGUACAAAGAACAGUUCUUACAUAUUGAUGUGUAUACUUAUGUAACUUGCUGUGUAAAAUAAAUCUAUCCUUAUUUUA